GCCCUCUGGCGCCUUCCCCAAACCCGAGGGAUCCCGGCUUCCUCUCGAGUUUGCUAGGACAGCCACAGCUCUAUUGUUGGCUGGAGGAGCAGCCCCGGUCCCAUCAUGCCCCUCGGCCAGGACGCGGCCUCCAGCGGCAGCGACACCGCGACUCCGGUGCUAGCGCGCUGCGGUCCCGCCACGCCCGCGGGAAGGCCAGCACGCGCCGGGAUUGAGUCCCGUAAAGUGAGAUUUAACUUUCCCAAGCCGCGGGAGGCGCCUGCCGCGGUUCCGAGGGCCGCCGGCCUCCAGGGCCCACCCGCCGCCCACAGGCCGCUGCGGCGCGUCGCAGCCCACCCGACUCGGGCUCUGGGAAAGAGUAGCGUCAUGGAAGCCAAGGAUCUCCAGGAGGAGCUGACCUGCUCCAUCUGUCUGGACUAUUUUAAGGACCCGGUGUCCAUCGAGUGCGGUCACAACUUCUGCCGCUGCUGCCUGCAACGCAGCUGGGAACCGGGCGGCGGCCAGUUCCCCUGCCCGGAGUGCCGGCAGCUGUCGUCGCCCGCCGCACUGCGGCCCAACUGGGUCCUGGCCCGGCUCACGAGGACCGUGCGGCCCGGGCGCCAGGGCCCCGUGCCCCCCGGCCUGUGCGGCCGCCAUUGGGAGCCGCUGCGGCUCUUCUGCGAGGAAGACCAGCGGCCCGUGUGCUUGGUGUGUAGGGAGUCCCAGGAGCACCAGACCCACACGAUGGCGCCCAUUGACGAGGCCUUCGAGAACUACCGGGAAAAACUUCUUAAGACUCAGUGUGAUCUGAAGGCCAAGAUGAAAGAAGCCAUGCGGUUACAUGACAUGGAAGUGAAGAGUGUUACAGACUGGCAGAACAAGAUGAAGAAUAAACGAUUGAGCCUCAGUGCAGAGUAUGCAAAGCUGCACCGCUUCCUGGCUGAAGAAGAGCAACUGUUUCUUCAGAGGUUGAGCAAAGAAGAAGAAGAGACAAAGAAGAAAUGGAAUGAGAACUCAUUAAGGCUCAAUCAAAUAAUCACUUCCUUGAAGGAGCUCAUCUUAGAGGUCUGGGAGAAGAGCCAGUGCUCCAGCCUGGAGUUGCUUCAGAAUCCAAAAGAUCUGUUGACCAGGAGUGAGAACCAGGAUGUGAACUAUUCCCUUGAAGAUCUAAAGGUGACGUCUGUGUGCCAUAUACCAAUGAUGAAGGAAAUGCUGAAGCAAGUCCAAGUGGCUGUCAGUCUAGCUGAAGACACAGCUCAUCCUGAACUUGUCUUCUCCCUGGAAGGGAGGUACGUGAAAAAUGGAGCAUCGGGCAGGUCUUGGCCAUUAUUUUCUGCAGCAUGGACCUACUUUAUUGGACGGAGGAAUCCUCAGCAGAACACGCACUUUGUGGAGAGAUUUCAGCACGUACCCUGUGUUUUGGGAAAAAACGUUUUCACUUCAGGGCAACAUUACUGGGAAGUUGAGAGCCGAGAUGGCCUGGAGAUUGCUGUGGGGGUUUGUCAGGAGGACGUCAUGGGGAUUGUUGAUAAAUCAGAAAUGUUCCCCCAUGGGGGCAUUUGGGCUAUUUGUUGGAGUUCCGCUGGCUAUUGGCCCCUAACAGGCUCCUCUGUAAGUCCUACCAAGCAAGAGCCAGCUCUUCACCGGGUGGGAGUUUUCCUAGAUCAUGGGGCUGGGGACAUCUCAUUCUACAAUGCUGUGGAUGGAGUGCACCUACACACUUUUUCUUGUUCUUUAGUCUCACCUCUCCGGCCAUUUUUUUGGUUAGGCCCGUUAGCAUCUUUAGUCAUCCCACCGGUGACUGGUGGGAAAUGAGGCUAUUCUUCCUCUGCCCAAGGAUCCCUGCCUGUAUUCCAGCCCAGGGACAUCCAUCCCUGGCCCUCUUCUUUCACUUCAUACAUAUCAGUCCUUUGUAGUAUGGCAGUAUUAUCCAUUCAGGUUCCAGUCUCGUGUUUUGUUCAGCUGCCCGUAUUUCUUGUGAAUAUGUAGACAGAUAUGGCAGACCCUGUUGGUUGCCUUUCUAGUAGCCACUUGCCACUUCUCUCCUUCUCUUCUGGUUCUUUCUAUUUGACCUGUUUGGCAUGCCCCCUCCGUGUGCUUAGGAGAAGCAGUCCCAAGUAUGGUAAUUCUGGCCUGUGAGAUAGGAUGGGAAAUUUUCCAAGGGUGGGGGAAGUUUUUGUAGCUUCUAAACUUGUUCUAUGAGGUUAUUACUCCCUUAUUGUAUAAGGCAAUUUUAGUUGCACUUUGGUUACUUGCAGUCUGAAGUAGCCUAACUGGUAUGGUAGGCACGCAGCGUGGACAUCCCAUAGUUGAGGCUUAUCUGAUUUUUUCUGAAACUUGACAAAUUGAUAGAAUCUCUAUUCAGUCAUGUAAUUCCUCUUCCCAGUAAGGACUGAUAUCCCUCACUUUUCUGGAUCAGAAAAUUGAGGCAGUCUUCUUUUACUCUGCCCAUGCUAUUACUCUUCUUCACCUGACCGUGUCUCAGCCUUCACGUGUUUGUUAUGCUAUCCGUUUGUCAAAUUCCUAUAUUGUGUAUACAAGGUUAUUAAUGUCAUACCGAAAAUGUUGAAAAACACUUAAGUGUGUAUACUGCUAGCCUCUUCACAUAAUGCUCUCAUAUGACUCUUGUAACAGCUCGGUGAGACGGAAAUUAAAAUCCUAUUUUUACAAGUGAGAAAACAAACCUUUAGAGUAACAC